GUGCCGGCGCUUUGUCUUGCAAUGGCACAGAAUUUUCUGUCUCCGUGUCGGGAUCACAGCAAGAGCAGGAAGCCAAUUACUCUGUUGCUGUCUUGCAAGGCCAGCACCGAAGCCUAGGGAGAAAUCCAGGGCCAGUGAACACAUGUUGCUGCUAAGGCCUAUGGGCAGGUUUCUAGAAUGUGUCUGCGUGCAGGAGGAAGCUGUCUGCUCUCAGAAAAAGCUUCCAACAGGACAUGAUGAUGAAGCAGUUCAUGGCCAUGUUAAAGAAGAAUGAAAAUAAUCAUCCCCCAUCCACCAAGCUGUUGAAUCUAGCAGAACAGCUUUGCCAGGAGCUCCAGAGCUCAUCUCCUAAUCUGGAGAAGCUGGUUGGAGCUGUGAUGGGAUGCAAAAGCAAGACAUACUUUCUCACUAACAUCCAUGUUGUCCGGGCUUGUGUGUCCGUUCAUAUCCAUAAAGGGGAACAUGAUGCAGCCUGCAAACUCCUGAAGUGUUGCAAGGCAGAAGAGAAGAAAGAGCUGGUGCAACUUUGGCAUGAGAUUCACUACCAGCGGUUUAUGGAGGAACACAAGAUACAUUUUCUGACACCACUGCAGAAAUUCCGCUGCAGGAAGAGGAAUCCUCCACCUACUUCCCUUUGUCCUGAAGGUUUGAAGACUCGAAACUAUCCACAAGAAGUACGCCAGCACCUGCAGAGGUUUGCUGCAGAGGUGACAGCAAAUCCAAACAAGAAACAGCGGGAUGGAUUGGCUCGGGACAUGAACCUGCAGCCAACUCAGGUCUAUAAUUGGUUUGCAAAUUAUCGACGUCGAAAAUCCCGCCUCCGUCAUGUGAAAGUGUCCAACAGUUCAUGUCCUGAGAGGGCUUCGGCUCACAAAGAGCCACAGGAUAAAGGAUCCAACACUCCACAAACUGCAGAUGGAUCUCCUGUGGGCAUCAGCCCUGAGCAAAUGGAUAUAACCCCCAUGCCCUGUGAGCCAGGACAGGAGCAGCCUCCUGAAGGAACGUAUUUAAAGAUGCUGGAAUCCAGCUGUAUGCAGAGCCCUGAGCCGUUGUAUGAAGCUGGAACAAGCAUGGUUUUGUGCACCACUCACAGUGCUGAACAACCUGUACCUUUUGGCACUGAGGCUGUGAUGGAACCACAAACCUGCUCUGGCUCUCCUGUGCUGCUGCCUGGAGAAGCAGUGGGCAGGGCUGCUGCCAGCUUCUGUCAGGAGAGCUUUGUCCUGUGCUCUUAUGAGCCCCUUCCCGUUGUGAAUUAUUAUCUGCCCAUGUGGUGGGCCCCUUGCAGCACUGCAGGAGUCUUUGGCUCUGUGUGGACUCCAGGUGUAGAAGUUCCUCUCAGACUGUGUUUGGCAAGCCUCAAAGCCCACAUGUUUCUGCAGCCUAUGUGGAAGAAAGCCAAGCCCUGGGACAAAGCCAGGUCCUGGAGGAUCCAGCUGUUGACUCACUAGACCUGUUCCAGGCAGCAUGCCUGCUCUAUGAAAUUUCUAGCAGUAAAAAGCGUGAACCGAUGUGACCUGCCUGCAGAUACAAUCCAUGUGUCUGUGCUUCCCUGGGGAACACCUCAUUCCUUCCUUUAUUUUUUUAAUGGAAGAGGAGUUUAACAGGGAGAUUGAAUAGUGUGAGGGAGAAGGAUGGAGGUGUUUCCAAUGGUUACGAAAGUUGGUUUGGUUACAGUUUUAUUAAGAAUUUUGCAAAGGAUAGAAGAAAGCAAAAGUGCACUGUGGACUGUAGGUUUUUGCUGGAGUGGUCUGAAGCUGCACUGUAGAUGUUAAAAUUAACAAGGCACUGGUUCUGUGGCAGUAACGUAGAUCUAAUCAUGGCACUGGCCAGAUCCGAGUCCUUGGUUGCAUUGUGAAGGUAAAUGAAGCUCCUGUGCUCAAAGGAGUAAAAUUUGGUUAUGUUGCCUUGCAGUGGAUAUUGGACAACCUUUUCUCAGGCUUGGAAAAUAAGGUCUCAUGGUAAUGUAUUUCUUCUCCCUGCCUUCCUGUUGUACUGCAGGGUGUAAAUUCUGGAGUGUCCCAUACUCUGUAGUGCCACAGGUGACACAAAGGAGCACAGCAGAAUUUUCAGUGCUAGGGCAUGCCAUUGUUUUGGUGUUUAAUACAAGAAGUAGCAAGGCAGGCCCUUCAUGCAGCUUUAAAACUAAUUCUGCAAGAUAGGGUGGGUUUUUGUUUUUUUUCCUGAAGUGUAACUGUUUUUAAAAAAUUCUGUAUAUUGCAAAAUGGGUCCCCUUUGCCAAAUCUCCAGCCCGGACAUACAGGGAGAAGAUGCCUCCUUUACCUGUUGUUACAAAGUUUUCGAA